UCACUUCUCAUGAACUCAAACAGCGCCGAUUGGCUCGGAUUCCAUUUUAUCUGGGCCCGCGUCCAGGUCUCACUCUCUCGGUUUCUGUCUAUUGUUUAGUGCGGCGGGCAGUUCUGCCCACUCCUGUGCGUCUGGCCGCCGCCGACAACACUCUGCUCAAUGUCAAAAGACAUCCUUUAGGGUUACCUCCCAAAGAAAAAGCAAAAAACGUCGAUGCUAGUGACAAGAAGGUGGAUCUUGAAGUACAGCAGUCUGAUCUACCUGGAUUGUCCCCUAGUGGUGAUUCAUUGUCCUAUGAUCUGGUCAAAGGCUCUCGCUUUGGCAGUCGCACUGUUUUCUUACAUCGAAAUGAAUUAAUCGGUGGGCUGAAGGAGAUCGCACCGGUUGGUGAGUCUGGUUUUGGCUUUCAAAAUCUUCCUUCUGUGAUUUCUUAUGCUAAAUAUACCACUAGACGAAUUCCUAUACUCAACACUUUUUGCAAAUACAACCCAGAGUUUUGUAGUGGUAUUUCAUAA